CUUUAAUUUUUCUUGCGAGGAAAAACAAAUCCCUCGACUCACUCUUCUGUAACGUAUUCUGCUUUUCACUUAUCUUCUCUCUCUCUCUCGGCUUUGUCACCAAGCUAUGGCCGAUGCGUAUUGGAGAUACAGCGAAGCACGGCAGCAGCAACAGCAGGCCAUUCCUACUCUCGUCGGAAAACGCCCUCGCUCCGAUUAUGAUGUCCCUAGUGGCCAUGAGCUGCCCAAUUUUUAUCCCCGUGAUGAUGACAGAGCAGCUCUCCGUGCAAUUAGAGAUUCAGAGUCCAUUGGAGCAUCCUAUGAUCGAUACUUGCGUAGCGCGCCUAUGUCAACCUACAGUGGAGGACAGUCUGCCAGACCAAUAAGUGGGGUGCCUAGUCGUCCUGUUGACGAUCCACGCAUUGUAGGUAUUGGGAGCCUGGACCCAGGGGCCACUGUAAAAGACAGGACAAUGGGAUUGGGAAGUGGAAGACCUGAGGCAACCCUUCCUCCUGAUGCUACCAGUACACUGUUUGUAGAGGGCUUGCCAUCUGAUUGUACACGACGGGAGGUGUCACAUAUCUUUCGCCCUUUUGUUGGCUACAAAGAAGUGAGACUUGUGAGCAAGGAAUCAAGACGGGGGGGAGAUCCACUAGUACUCUGUUUUGUUGACUUUUUGAGUCCUGCCCAUGCUGCUACAGCCAUGGAUGCCUUGCAAGGUAGUGCCAAACGGGUUGUUGGGCCAAAAGUAAAAUUUUCCUCCAUGUUUUGCGACCGGCGGCCCCAGCUGUUGAGCCACUAGGGGUUAAAUUCUUGAAGCGUAGGAGCUUGGAUGUUGGGCAAGGAACCGCCAUUUAUAGCCAGCAGCAGCUGAAUCCAACCACUCAUGUACAAAUCCAUAUUCACGGAAACGAAACCACCCAAGAAGAGCUAUUGCAGCAAAGAUGAAACCCUGCAAGACGCUUGGCAUCUCCAUUACCAUUUACUUGCUGCUGCCCCCGGAGUUGGAACCUCCAUCCUAGGAGCUCUUUCAAUCUAAAUUCAGUGGCUUCACAAUGCAGAAAUCAGAUGCCUAGCCCAAAGGGAAGGGAGAAAGAAGUCCAUUUAUUUCCGAAAUCAUGAGCAGCUCUUGGAGAAUUCUGGCUUCUUCUGUUCAAGAGAUAAUCAGGAGGCUAUUCUAACAGCUAUGCUUUAUUAUUAUUAUUAUUAUUACAGUCUAUUAAUUACCUAAAUCUCAUUGAUAAUAGUUGCGGUAUAUUUCUGAAGAAACUUAAAAAUUUGGUAAUUUGCAAUGUUGUCAAAUAUUUAUUCCC